GGGCACUUACGUCUACGCCUGUGCACGCCUGCAUGCGAUCUCUGCGUUUGUGUCUGUCUCCCCCAUUCCUCCCUGUUCCAUCCAUGCACAGCAUGAUAUAAACAAACCUGCCUCUGGACAUGUCAUGGCUUAAAAUAGAUGUUCAUACAUCAGCCUUUCUACAGCAGCGGCGGCGGCAGCAGGAAGACAUGGCCGACUGGAUCUGAGUACAACACCCGCUUCGAGCCGAGAAAUCUCAGCCCUCACCAAGGACCGUGGGUGGCAGCAGCAGCAGAAGCGACCUCCAGGCCACUCUCCGGCCUUCACGAACCCACAGGUAUGCCUUGUGGGUCUCGGCAGCUCCGAUGGCUUUCCUGUCCAGGUUCUCCAGGAAUGGCACCAGGUCACCGAGCCGGGGCUCGCGGGAAGAGCGCAGCAACCACCCCAUCCUCAGCGUCUUCGAGCUGGAAAGGUUGCUGUACACGGGCAAGACAGCCUGUAAUCAUGCUGAUGAGGUCUGGCCAGGACUCUACCUGGGCGAUCAAGAUAUAGCGGCCAACCGGCGCGAGCUGGCUCACCUGCGCAUCACCCACAUCCUCAACGCCUCGCACAGCAAGUGGAGGGGGGGUGCUGAGUACUACGAGGGCACGGGUAUCCGCUACCUGGGCAUCGAGGCCCACGACUCGCCUUCCUUCGACAUGAGCCCCUACUUUUAUCCUGCAGCUGACUUCAUCCACCAAGCGCUGAAUGAAGGAAGGAUCCUUGUGCACUGUGCUGUCGGGGUGAGCAGGUCAGCCACCUUGGUCCUCGCCUACCUCAUGAUCCGCCACCACAUGCCCCUUGUAGAAGCCAUAAAGACGGUCAAGGACCACCGCGGUAUCAUCCCUAACCGGGGUUUCUUGCGCCAGCUGGUCACCCUGGACAAUGCCCUGAGGUUGAAGAGGAGUGCGUGACGGAGGACAAGAGGGGUUGUGCGGUGGGAGCGUUGUGUGUGCAGUGCUCACCUGACCCCCAUGCCCGCUGAGUGGCAGAGACAGGGUGCAGACGGUUGGCAGCUAAUGGGUUACAUGCAACUGGUCCCCAGGGCCUCUCCCUCAGCUAAGGGGGUCCCCAGACAUGUGAGCUAUUCCUAGUGGUAAAGUAUAGGCCCUCAACCUGCAAUCUUGCCACCUAGGUAGGCCUAGCGUAUAGCGUCCUUCCCAGCCUGCUCGUGCCAAGACGCCUCCAGAGGGAUGUGGCCCCACUUUUCAGGUUGCUCCAUCCCUGUUAGCUCCAGGAAACCUUCUCCCACGUGGCAGAUGCACUUGCCAAGCCAGUCCCGUCCCUCCCUCCCAAGAGACCUGAAGCUCUGUGUGUUCCUUGUCUUGUUUCCCAUUUGUUUGUGGUUUGCGUAGCGAUGUGAAUUCGGUCCGGUGUGUGGACUCGGGCAAAAGGCCUUUUGUCUUAGUGUUUGGGUGUCCUCCAUGCCUAGUGUUAACCUGUACAAAUAAAGACAGUGCUAAGGAA